AUGAUUGUCGUGACCGCAAUUUCUGGCGCACAAAACGAAGAUGCGUUAUGUUAUUUAGUAGAAUUCGAUAACGAGGUUAAGAUUUUACUUGAUUGUGGUUGGAAUGAUCAGUUUAACGUUGAGGAUUUGAAGCAUUUAAGGAGAGUCGCCAAACAAGUCGAUUGUCUUCUUCUUUCUCAUCCCGACCUACCUCAUCUCGGCGCGUUUCCCUAUGCUUGUACCAACUUUUCUCUCAACUGUCCCGUCUAUGCCACAGUUCCUGUCGUAAACAUGGGGCGGAUGUGUUUACAUGAUAUAUAUCUAUCGAAAACAAACUCGAUGGAGUUUGACGUAUUCGGGUUAGAGAACGUAGACGUAGCGUUUGAGAAGAUAACUCCGUUGAAGUACUCGCAGCCCAUGGCACUUGGAGGUAAAUGUAAAGGCAUAACAAUAACGGCUUAUGCAGCUGGGCAUACGAUAGGAGGAACAAUAUGGAGGAUAAAGAAAGACACCGAAGAUGUUGUUUAUGCGGUUGAUUAUAAUCACAAGAAGGAGAGACACUUAGAUGGAACAGUAAUGCAUUUCAAUGGAGAAGUCCUCGACGCACUAAGCCGACCAUCGCUGAUGAUAACAGAUGCUUAUAAUUCAUUGGUUAUACAUCCACCGCGUAAACAGCGAGAGAGCGACUUGUUUGAGACAAUACAUUCCACACUCGCAUCCUCUGGAUCAGUCCUUAUUCCCACUGAUUCGUCCGCCCGUGUGCUUGAAUUAGCUUACCUGCUAGAUCAGCGAUUUCAGAAUGUCAAUUAUCCAUUAAUUCUGUUGACGCAUAUGAGUUACCGUACGAUACAAUACGCGAAGAGUAUGCUUGAAUGGAUGAGCGAUGCAAUUAAUAGACAGUUCGAUUCGAGAGAGAAUCCGUUUGAGUUUAAAUCGCUCCGCCUCUGUCACCGACUCAAAGACCUAAAUCAAUAUCCCGGUCCCAAAGUUGUCCUUGCCUCCAAUUUAAGUCUAGAGACAGGAUACGCAAAGGAUUUACUCCUCGAAUGGGGUACUUCCAAGUUGAAUAAUGUUAUACUUGUCGACCGCGGACCGCCUAAUUCUUUGGCGAGAAGAUUGUAUAAUGAGUGGAUUCGCAUGACGACAGAACAGGAAAAAGAAGGAGGGAGAAGUAUGGAGGAAGAUAUAGAUAUAGUUAUUGAUGAAGUGAACGAAGGACAGAAAGAUGGAGCAAAAAACGGACAAUUGGGUGGCCCGAAAGACGGUCAUCAAACCGGGCAGAUGUUGGCGACUAGGCAGACGGUUCUUCUUGACUACCGGGAAAAAAUUCAGAUCCAUAAACGCGUCCCACUGGAGGGCAGUGAACUUGUUGAAUACAAUCUAGAACUACAAACACGCCAACAACGUGAAGCUGCGCAGGCAGCCCUAAUCGCUCGUUCGAAGUCUAUAAUUGAAGAGUCGGACGACGAUGACGCCUCUUCUGACACUUCUGAUGACGACGAGGGUAUGGAAGAGCUUUUAUAUAACCAAUUUGAUUUGUAUGUUCGAGACGCAACAAAAUCUGGAGGCUUUUUUAAGCAAACGCAAAGUUAUAGAAUGUUUCCGUAUGUGGAGAAAAGGAAGAGAUUUGAUGAUUACGGCGAGAUAUUGGCACCAGAGAUGUUUGAGGGAGGGGGUAGGAGGAGUGGAAGUGGAGGCUUGGGAGUGGAGAAUGAAGGGAGAGACGGAAAGGGUGAGCAAGAAAAAGAAGACCCUACUAUGGUCCAGGAUUUCGAUGUGCCAACGAAAUAUGUGAAUUACGAAGAAGAGGUUCAUUUCCGGUGUCAACUUCGUUUUGUUGAUCUUGAAGGCUUGAACGAUGGCCGAGCAUUGAAAACUAUUGUCCCGCAAGUUCAGCCGCGUAAAUUGAUCAUAAUUCACGCAUCUCCGGAAGCAACAUCAGAUUUUGCCCAGAGCUGCUUCGUAAUCGAGUCGAUGACGCGAGAUAUUUAUACGCCCGCAGUUGGAGAAGUACUUAAUGUGUCGGCUGCCAUCAAUUUCUAUCGAGUGAAGCUGACUGAUGCUUUAGUUAGUUCUUUAAAAUUCUCAAGGCUUGAUGAGUACGAUUUAGCUUAUAUAACGGGCAUGAUCCACCUUCCACCUGACUCCUCUGUACCUGUUUUGGACUUGGUCUCUCCCGACGAAUCCACUGGUGGACAUUUACCAGUUUUUAUUGGGGAAAUUAAGCUAACGGAGCUAAAACGCGUGUUACAGGCAGAAGGAAUAAUAGCCGAGUUUAAGGGCGAGGGAGUGCUAGUAUGUAACGAAAAGGUUGCUGUGAGGAAGUCUACUAAUGGACAGUUAGUAAUAGAAGGAUCACUGUCCGAGGAUUAUUACAAGAUAAGAGACGUCAUUUACGGGCAGCAUGCUAUUCUAUAG